CUCUCCACUCUCCUGUCAUUGGUUGGUAGGAGUUACCCUCGCUUCUGAUUGGUUAGACUACCUGCUGCCUGUUUGCUAGCUGGGUAUAUUUAGCUGAUUGCAUUAUCGGAUCAGCUUUAGCCCGCAGUCCGGCUUGUAGUGCCCGCUGUUCAAGGCCAGUACGGACGGGCAGCGUAGUUAGCUAACUAGUUUACACUACCGUGAACAGCAGGAUUUCCAGUUAUUUGUAAAGAACGAAAACAAACGGAAAUGUCUUCAGACGAAGACAGGGCCAAGGAAAUCUUGAAGGGCUUCAAACUAAACUGGAUGAAUCUUCGGGAUGCAGAGACAGGCAAAGUGCUGUGGCAGGGAACGGAGGACCUCUCUGUACCAGGAGUAGAACAUGAAGCUCGUGUGCCAAAGAAGAUCCUGAAGUGUAAAGCAGUGUCCAGAGAGCUGAACUUUUCGUCCUCGGAGAAAUUGGAGAAGUUCAGACUGGAGCAGAAAGUUUUCUUCAAAGGACAGUGUUUAGAAGAAUGGUUCUUUGAGUUUGGUUUUGUUAUCCCCAAUUCCACCAACACAUGGCAGUCUCUGAUAGAAGCAGCUCCAGAGUCCCAGAUGAUGCCAGCCAAUGUUUUAACUGGUAAUGUUAUCAUAGAGACCAAGUUCUUCGAUGAUGAUCUCCAUGUCAGUACUUCCAGGGUACGGCUUUUCUACGUCUGACUUUACCCUUGAGUCUACCUUCCAAAAUGCUGACACCCUGCCAAGGUCUGUAAAUUACCAAGGUUAGCUACAAUUUGAAGCAUUAAAGAGCUCAUUGCUGAUGUGGGAUCAGCAUGUUUGGGUGAAACCCAGCUGUGGUGCCACAGUCAGUGAAGUGAGCUUGUGUUUGGUCUCUUGUUUUGUGUUGACUUGAAAACCUCUAGACCUUGGAAGAAGAGUGAAGAGGAGGAGAGAGAACUCAAUCGCUUCCCCUGUUCAGGAAUCAUCUCUCUCUCCAUUUUCCCCUGCAGACUGUUUCACUGUAAACAGGAGUCCUGAUCUCAAGUCAGCCAGGGAACCCCUCAGAAUUGAUCUGAUUUGUGUUUUUUCUUUUUUGUAGUGCUGCCCUGUCUCACGCCAAGGUAGCAUUUACUCAGGAACAGAACAUCAGACCUGUAACCUUUUGUGAAAAGAUCUCAUCUUUUCUGUCCCAAACUCUGAUUUCUGUGUGUCAUGUGUUCAAAAAUGGACUGUCAUUGUUGAGGGAAGAUGAUGCACUGAAGGGAUAAGAUGAAAGCUCUUAAUGUAAUUUUAGGUGCUAAAACAAAAUUUUAUUGACAACUUGCAGAUUUUACAUAAUUAAACAUCAAAUAUAUACAAAAUAUUUGCUAGAGAUUAAGAUCAAUUUUCUCUAGUUGUGUCCCAUUUCAGAGGUACCCUCCCACAUUUCAUAGACAGUAUAUCUUUACUGGUGAAGAUGGCAUUCCAGAGUUGAAAUGGAGCCUCCUUUCUGCAUUUGAGCAACAGGAUCAGACUUUUUUCACUCUUUCUCAUCCUCAAUAUCCAGAAAUUCUCAGCAAUGGUCAAUUUGAGACUUGCUUUGGUUUUUCAUUGGAGAAAUUGAAGAAAUUUAUGUGGAUAUAUUUAUCUUCACACUUUAACCCCUUUCCUAAUGUUCCACUUUUAUUAAUUGAUGAGGACUGGCUGAAGGAACUGCUAACAGUGAAGUGCUUAUCUCCCUUUAGUCUUCUAAAGCACUCACCUUAGCAAGCUGCCUCAGAAGUGGGAUACACCACCUUAACUUUGCUUAACUUUGCUUGCUUUCUGACUACAUGAACUAGUCCACAACAGUCACUUGUUAAACUGGAUUGUUGUGUGAAAUGUAAACCUGCUGACAGUUAUGACAUGAUUAAAAACUGUUUGGCAUUCAUUGGUAAACAAAACAAGCUUUUAUUACAUUGAUUUAUGUUUUAAUUAAUCUUCAUAUAUACUUAUUUCUGAUAUUUCACUUUGAACUAAAUCAUCAUCAGGUCGAGACCAAAACAUGCAUCAUUUCAUCUCAGUAGUUCACCUGUUUACAAUAGUUCUCCAAUUAGAUCCAGAUGGUGGCAGCAGCUUAAGUUCUUUACAACAUCUUUGCUUUGCACAUUCUGGCUAGAUUUUUAACUUUGACUUCCCAUAUCGUUCACUGCAUUCAGGUUAUUAUUUGUUUUUCUUAGCUGCUAACUGAGCUUUGUAAAAUAGAUUUGUGUUGUAAUAUGAUGGGACGUGUAGAUUAAAGUCAUAUAAUGUUGGAAUAACA